AAUAAUGUUUGCAUUACCAACAUUAAAUUUUACGGUGUCUCAAGUGGCAACAGUUUGUGAAACAUUAGAGGAAAGUGGUGAUAUUGAACGUUUAGCACGAUUUUUAUGGUCGUUACCGGUCGCACAUCCAAAUAUACAAGAAUUAAAUAAAAGUGAAGCGGUUUUACGUGCACGUGCAAUUGUUAAUUAUCAUUCGGGUAAUUAUCGUGAAAUGUAUUCGAUUUUAGAACAUCAUAAAUUUACGAAAGAUUCACAUGGGAAGCUGCAAGCAAUGUGGUUGGAAGCACAUUAUCAAGAAGCGGAAAAACUACGUGGACGUCCGUUAGGACCGGUUGAUAAAUAUCGUGUACGGAAAAAAUUCCCAUUACCACGGACAAUUUGGGAUGGUGAACAAAAGACACAUUGUUUUAAAGAGCGUACGCGAUCGUUGUUACGUGAAUGGUAUUUACAGGAUCCGUAUCCGAAUCCAACGAAGAAACGGGAAUUGGCACAAGCAACUGGGUUAACACCUACACAAGUUGGGAAUUGGUUUAAGAAUCGGAGGCAACGGGAUCGAGCUGCGGCUGCUAAAAAUAGAAUGCAACAACAACAAUUAGCAGCCCAAUUAGCAUCGCAUCAUGGUGGCAAUUCAUCAUCAAACGCAACAAAUCUACGUCAUCAUCAUCAACAACAUCAAAUAACAACGACAACCACUGAUGAUUCAGAUAGUGACAUAUCAUUAGGUGGCGUGGACGAUGAUGAUGAUGAUAUUGGUAUUGAUUCACCACAAUCAACACCACCACCAUCAGCAUUAUCACAACAUGCACCACCACCACCACCAUCAACAUCAUCAUCAUUAUCAUCGCUACCAUUAUCAUUACCAUUAUUACCAUCAGCAUCAACACUAACCACAACCGCUUCACUAAUAACCACAACAUCAACACCGUUAUUAACAGGUUUAUCACCAUUAAAUACAAUACCAAUAUUGAUAACACCACAUUCUCAUCCGAAUUAUCAUCCUCACCAUCAUCACUUGAAUAAUUAUCAUCCUCAUCCACAACUCGCUUCAACUGUGAAACCAAUCACAACAGCUGUAACAGCAUUAUCACCACCAACCGUUACAACAGUCACAACACCACCAAGAGUUGGUGGUGGUGGUGCAUUUAAUAGUGGUGGAGGACUAUUACGUACAAACACCAUUUUAUUCAGUGGUGAUAAUAAUGAUUUAAUAUGUGAUCGUGAUCGUGAUCGUGAUCGUGAACUUAAACAUAGUGAUAAUCAUCAUGAUAAUAAACAUAUAAAACAUAAUAAUGAUAAUCAUGAUCAUGAUGAAAAUACAUCAUCAGCAACAUCAUCAGCAACAACAUCCUCAAGCAACAUCGUUGAUAACAAAUGA